AUGUCCUUUGACACAAUGCGCGCCGUUGUGAUGCACGAGAUCGGUGGCCCCGGAGUGUUGAAGCUCCAGACGGUCCCCAAACCAACCCCGAAAACAGGGCAGGUGCGGAUACGCGUCAAGUCCUUUGGGCUUAAUCGAUCGGAAGUAUUCACGCGUCAAGGUCAUUCACCCGGUGUGGUAUUUCCGCGUGUUCUGGGCAUCGAGGCAGCUGGACUUGUCGACUAUGCAGACCCGGACUCAGGCUUCGAAUCUGGCGAGGUUGUUGUCACUGCAAUGGGCGGCAUGGGCCGUACAUUUGAUGGCGGAUAUGCCGAAUACACCGUGGUGCCGGCCACGCAAGUGCGACGCGUCAAUACCACCACUGCGUUUGGCGCCGAUGGGCCCGUACCUUGGGACAUCCUGGGCGCUCUUCCUGAACUUAUGCAGACGGCUUGGGGAUCUUUGUUCACCAGUCUCGAGCUCGUUCCCAGCGACCGCUUGCUGAUCCGUGGCGGAACUACCAGCGUUGGGUUGGCGGCCACAGCGCUUGCUCGAUCGCAUGGAGUCUCUGUGACCGCGACAACGCGGAACCCAGCACGCGUAGAGUUCUUGCGUGGCCUUGGUAUUGACGAUGUCAUCAUCGAUGGCGGAUCAAUAUUAGCCGAGGUCCAGAAACGUGCUCCAUUCAGCAAGAUCCUUGAACUGGUUGGGGUAACCACACUAGACGACUCUCUGCGAUGUGUGGCGCCUGGUGGUACUGUCUGCAUGACGGGUAUAGCUGGCAAUAAAUGGACUUUUGACCAGUUCAUGCCCAUGGCUUCCAUACCGACAUCCGUUAAGCUGACCACAUAUGCGAGCACCACGGAGGCCGUACUGAAAACGCCCAUUGAGGAGAUUGCUAGGGAUCUGGUGACAGGCAAGAUUCGGUUGCCAAUCAAGACCUUUUCACUGGAGGAAAUUGUGGAGGCUCAUCGGUUGAUGGAGGAAGAGGGAGCAUUGGCCAAGAUUGUGAUGAUUGUUUAA